AGUCUGUCAACCUGAAGAAGAAACGUGCACUCAGAGCUACAGUGAAGACUGGUGAUUAAAAAUGUUCCAGCGGUUCAUCACUCUGCUGUUUCUACUCCUUAUGGCUGCCUGUUCAGCUCAGAGCACAGGUGAGUCCACAGGGUCUGUGGCCACCAGCUGUGAGGCGUGUCACAGACUGGCUCGAUGCCGCACCUCCCUCCAUGACAACAGCGUGGAGACUGUGGGCGUGUUCUGCUGCUGUGAAGAUGGUUUGGUGGGAGAUGGCUUCACCUGCUACAACAAAACCACCUGCAACGAUGACUGCUGCGGCAAAGGGUACCGCUGGUUGCCACCGCAGGGCUGCAUGGACAUAGAUGAGUGUUCGCUGCCCCAUCCUCCGUGCGGUCCUGGCCUGAUUUGUGAAAACACACCGGGCUCCUUCACCUGCCUGCUGACCCCUGAUCUACAACCUCACACCAACACCAAAACCAAACCCCGCUCAGUGACGUUUGCCUGCGGCGGCACACAGUGCCCUUUCGGUCAGGACUGCCUCCAGGUGGAUGGCACAUCUCGCUGCAUUGACCCGUGUCAGCACUACACUCCACUACAAGACGACUGGCGAGCCACAGACUUCAGGGUGGACCCGGAGUCCGUGGCCUGCGACAGCCGUACUGAUUGGCAGGGCUGGUACCGCCUGUUCAUUGGUAACAGUAGUGUUCAGAUGCCAGAGAGGUGCAUUGAGAGUCACAUGUGUGGGACUGACGCUCCGCUGUGGCUGAGGAGUCCCCACCCACUGGAUUCUGAGGGCAUCAUCCGGGCAGAGGUCUGUGGCAGCUGGGAGGGAGGCUGCUGCCAGUUUCAGUCCAACAUCAUCCAUGUGAAAGCCUGCCCAAGAAACUACUACGUCUACAAGUUUGUGAGCCCCAACUUGUGUCGGCUAGCUUACUGCGCAGAUGUCAAUACCAUGGUGUGUAAUACCUGCGCUGAAGGUGAGACCUGUGUGAGCAAUGACAAGAUCAACUGGAGUUGUGGACGUCCAGCUUCUGAAUUUCGGCUGAGGUUGGUCAAUGGUAACACACCGUGCUCUGGUAGAGUGGAGGUUCUCCAUAACAGCCAGUGGGGAACAGUGUGUGAUGAUUUGUGGGAUAUAAACGACGCCCAGGUGGUCUGCAGACAGCUGCAAUGUGGCCCCGCCCAGUCUGCAACUAGUUCCGCCCACUUUGGACAGGGCCUCGGACAGAUCUGGAUGGAUGACGUUGCCUGUACAGGCAGUGAAUCUUCACUAACAGAGUGUGGCCAUCCAGGGUUUGGUACUCAUAACUGCAACCACGCUGAAGAUGCUGGAGUCAUCUGCUCAGAUGAACUCGGUGGUUUUCAAGAGCCGGAGCUCGACUGUGGACAGGAUCACCUGCGUCUGAUGGUCCAGAAGAGGCAGCUGGAGGAACGAGGGCUGAACGGGUCGUCCGCUCACCUGAUCGACCCGCGCUGCCACCAGCAGGUCGAACACCAGGAGACCAUGUGGUACCUGGUGGAGCGAAGGAAGGGCAUCUGUGGAAACGUGGUGGAGACAAAUGGCUCCCACAUCACGUACACCAACAUUUUGUUUUUGUACCCAUCUGGUCAGACCCACGCCACGCCCCCGAUGAGCAUCCCUUUCUCCUGCAUCUUCCCGCUGGAUGACAUCACCAGCCUAGACGCCCCCCUUCAAUACCAGCUGCCGAGUCGGAGAGUCGGAGUGGUGCGUUCAGGUGCGCCCACCAGAGCAGGGAUGACUCUGUACCAGAGACCAGACUACAGCGAGCCGUUCCCCGCUGGCCCGGUCAGACUGCCGCUGGGCGUCCCCCUGUACGUUGGCGUCUCCGUAGAAAAAACUACGACAACAACCUCUUCAAGCUUCUCCUGGAAAACUGCUACGUCACAAACUCCCCCAGCGCCGACGAUCCUGCCAGAUACGUCCUGAUCCAGAGCAGGUGUCCAGUGGACCGCCGUCACGUGAGGGUGGAGGAAAGCGGUGUGUCACAGCGCGCUCGUUUCUCGGUGCUGUUCUUUCUGUUCCACGGCACUUAUGAGGACGUUUACCUGCACUGCAGGAUCAGCCUGUGUGACGGGGACAGCGCCCCCUGCAGCCCUAACUGUUCUGGACGACGGGCUCGGUCCGCCGCUGUGGCCUCACCCAGUCAGUUUCCUGUGACUGUUGGACCAAUCAGCUGGUCAUAAACUGAUCUGGGGACGGAUCAGAGGACGUUCCUGCUGGGGAACCAACUGCCUGCUUCUGACCCAAUCUUCAAUAUUUCUCAUCACCACAGGACAGUCUGUGUUUUCUAAUGAAGCUUACUGAACGUCACAUGAUCUCAAUC